UCGCUAGACAAGGACUCCCUGGAUGUCCUUCAAGACCAGGUUUACAGUGUAACUUCGUUCAAGUGACCGACGCGGGUGUUUCCCUCCCUCCAUGUGAUAAAUUGGCUAUUUGUAAUUAUGAUUCAGAAAAUAACAUGGCUUUAUGUAACCACGUUGAUUAUCAGUGCGCUCUUGGCGAAUUCACGCAUCUUAAAUCAUUUUGUACAAUUCCUAACGAUGGAACUCGAU